AUGGCUCCUAUCGGUCAGAUUUACGGCUACGCCGGCCACUUCAAGGUCAACCGCGUCGUCGCCGCCGCUGCCUACAAUGGCGUCGAGCUCGAGAUUGUCGACACUCAGCCUAGCAAGGGCGACACCAAGAAGCCCGAGUACCAGGCGCUCUUCCCCUACGGCAAGAUCCCCGCCUUCAAGGGCCCUGAUGGCUUCACCCUCAUCGAGGGCAAGGCCAUCGCUCGUUACGUCGCUGGCAUCUCCGACAACGCCAAGCUCCUCGGUACUGACGCCAAGUCGGCCGCUCUUGUUGAGCAGUGGAUCUCUUUCGCCGAUGACGAAAUCGUCAACAACGGUGUCCAGCUCAUGCUCCUCUGCCUCAACAUGAUCCCCUACAACAAGGCUGCCGAGCAGCGUCUCUGGGACGCUCUUGACCGUGCCUUCACCUUUGUCGAGGCCGAGCUCAAGAAGAAGACCUUCCUUGUCGGUCACCGUGUCACCCUUGCCGAUUUGACCCUCGCUUCCGACCUUGGCUUCAUCUUUGGCCGUGUCGGCGGUGUCAACUUCCGCUCCAAGUACCCCAACACGGUGCGAUACUUCAACACCGUCACCAAGCAGCCUACCGCCAUGAAGGCCUACUCCACCCUCACCCUCGCUGAGGACAACAUCAAGUUCGUUGCCCCCAAGAAGGAGGAGAAGCCCAAGGCUGCCCCCGCACCCAAGGCUGAGAAGCCCAAGGCCGCUCCCGCUCCCAAGGACGACGAGGACGACGAGCCCAAGCCCGCGCCCAAGCCCAAGAACCCCUUGGACGACCUCCCCAAGUCUUCGUUCAACCUUGACGAGUGGAAGCGAACCUACUCGAACGAGGAGACGCGCGAGACCGCCCUCCCCUGGUUCUUCAAGAACUUCGACGCCGAAGGCUACUCGAUCGUCAAGCUCGACUACAAGUACAACGACGAGCUGCAGGCCGUCUUCCAGUCGAACAACCUCAUCGGCGGCUUCUUCGCCCGUCUCGAGGCCUCGCGCAAGUACACCAUGGGCACCCUCGGUGUGUUCGGCGAGAACAACGCCAACGCCAUCUCCGGUGUCAUGAUCUGCCGUGGCAAGGACCCCAAGUCCGUGUUGGAGGUUGCUCCCGAUGUCGACUCGUACGACAUCACUCCUUUGGACCUGAGCAAGGCCGAGGACAAGAAGUUCUUCGAGGACAUGAUGGCUUGGGAGGCUACCGUUGGCGGAAAGGCUUUCGCCGAUGGUAAGAUCAUGAAGUAA